GGGCUGCCGUUGAGCCAUGUCCAACGACCCUCCGCCACCCUACCCGGGAGGUCCCUCGGCACCGCUGAUAGAGGAGAAGCACGGCCCACCCUCUGCAGCAGAUGGUGUCCCUCCUGUGAUGGGACAGCCGCAGGGGGUUCCCAUCCCUCCUCCUGAAUUUGGCCCCCCUCCGUAUGAGCCGCCCUCACAGCCGGGGUUUGUGCCCCCCCACAUGCCCACAGACAGCUCUGGGCCCUAUGUGCCGCCUGCAGGUUAUUACCCACCCCCAGGACCUCACCCCCCCAUGGGCUACUACCCAGCCCCAGGCCACUACCCCUCUCCAGGCGGCCACACGGCGACAGUCCUCGUCCCAUCAGGGGCUGCCACCACCGUGACAGUGCUGCAGGGAGAGAUCUUCCAGGGUGCCCCCGUGCAGACAGUGUGUCCCCACUGCCAGCAAGCCAUCACCACCAAGAUCACUUACGAGAUUGGGCUCAUGAGCUUCCUUCUUGGCUUCUUCUGCUGCUUCGUGGGGUGUGAUCUCUGCUGCUGCCUGAUCCCCUGCCUGUUUGAUGACUUCAAGGACGUGACACACACGUGUCCCAACUGCAAGGCCUAUAUCUACACGUACAAGCGCAUGUGCUAACAGCACCCGGGAGCCUGAGCCGCUGGAAUGACACUGGCCCCUCUUCCCACUGCCGUCC